GCCAAUUCAAAACGAGAAAGAAGAAGAAGAAGCCGCCGCCGCCGCAGCAGCAGAAGAAGAAGCAGAAGCAGAAGCACGCGAAAGGACAUUAACCCAUCACUUUCCAACGAGACGUUUGUAUGCUGCACAGCAAUAUUUUAGUAAGAUGUCAGAUCUCCAGAAAAAAUUUGAUACAGCAGCAGAGGAGGUGAAGCAGCUGAAGGCUAAGCCAACAAAUGAAGAGAUGCUGCAGAUCUAUGCAUUGUUUAAGCAGGCCACUGUAGGUGAUGUCAAUACAGCUCGCCCAGGGAUGUUGGACUUCACCGGGAAAGCUAAAUGGGAUGCCUGGGAAAAGCAGAAAGUACAAGAAUCCCAACCUUGGCGGAGAGGAAAAAGAAAGGUCAAAGAAGAUGCUAUGAAUGAGUACAUUAACCUGGCUGAGCAGUUAAAAAAGAAGUAUGGGAUUUAACCUGAGAUGAUGACUGCAGACUAACUGGGCCAAUUGAUCGAUGGACUAGGAAUACAUUUCUACAGUGUGAGUCUGAUCUCACAUACACGCCAGUGCAGACAAAAGUCCAGCGAUAUCCACUGAUGUCCUCAGUUCAGUAGCAUCAGUUUUUUUAAAGUUCUGAAUUAUGCACAGAUCCUGUCAUUUCAAUAAAGUCCUUCCUCUUAGUG